UGGAGCUUUUAAUGCCGCAAUUACUGACGGCCCCUUCUAUUUCAACUCCUUAUAAUACUAACUCCCUCUAUUUAUGCACAACAAACUUCAUUAUUUUUUCCAAUUCCCCUCUUUCUUUAUUAUGUCCUUUUAUAUACCUACUGCCAUUGCAGGUUAUUGAUCUUCUGAGAAGACUGUUUACAAAUUACUAUACUAUAUUAUAAAAACAAAAAUUAUGGUGGCUGAAGUUAGCACUCUGAUCAGAUUGAUGAACGGUUCAGAUGGUAGUAAUGAAUCUUCAUCAAAAUCAACGGCUCUGAUCACUCAAGACUUGCUUGGUGGAUGUCUUGAUUCAAAGGAAUUGGACCUUGACUUACAAGUACCUAAUGGCUGGGAAAAACGCCUUGAUUUGAAGACAGGUAAAGUGUAUCUAGAGAGGAUCAAUUAUUCCACAUCAACUUUGGAACACAAGAAGCAAACAGCUACAAAAUUACCUCUCAACCUAUUCGAAGACACUAAGUUAGAACUAAAACUUCAACCUUCAUCUUCAUCAAUUGGUAAUUAUAAUUACCAUAACGUAUGCACACUUGAAAAAGUAAAAAUAGCUUUAGAAAGGGCAGAAAAGGAAUUACCACCAACGAGGAAACGCAGCAGCUCCAUGUCGUCGUCGUCAUCGUCGUCGUUCAUGUCCAUGGUAUCAUCAUCAUCAACCAGUUAUUCAAAUUCAUCAUCAAUCAAUAUUACUAAUAGUGAUGAAGAUCACAUGAUGAGUAGUAGUAGUCAUGAUUCAGUAGCUGCUGGCUGUCCAAGUUGUUUGAUUUAUGUACUCAUAUCUAAAGCCAAUCCUAGAUGUCCUAAAUGCAAUGCUAUUGUUCCAAUGUUACGUAUGAAGAAACCUUGUAUUGAUCUUAACAUAUCCUUGUAAAUGUCUAGUUGAUUUUUGUAAACAUACAGAUAAGCAUAUAGUAAGUAUAUCAUAAAGAGUAUUGUAUCUAUCUAUCUAUCUAUCAAUUCAGGUAGUGCAAUGCCCGUCGAGAGACUGAUCUAGGAUUUGUAGUUUAUGUAUUCUUACUAUAUAAUAGUUAUUGAGCUCA